GCCGUCAAAGUUUUGAUKUCGAAAUUAGAAUUUUUUAUCGAAACAUAAAUAUGAAUUGGUUCUGUAUAUUUUUACUGAUUUAUUUGACAGCGCACUCGGCGGUUGGACAGCACUGUUACAACAAGAGGCGGAUGCACCAUCGCAAUGCGCGUCACAUGCUGCAAAAUAUGUAUGCCGAACUCAUGUCCGGUGAGGGUGGAAGCGGCGGUUCCGAAGGCAACAARGAGGAUGAGUGCAAGAAAAGUAGCGUCACCUCCGGUAAUCCGAAGCAGAAAGCCACCAAUAUCGCACAGAAGGCCGCCAAAGAGGCCAAAGCCGCCUCGGAUGCACAAGCAGCCGCCGGCGAAGCAGCGUCACAACAAGUGAAGGCGCAACUAGCCGAGAAGGCGGUUGCUGCCGCAAAGGCCGCWGAAGCAGCACUGGCGGGAAAGCAGCAAAUCGUACAGCAACUGCAGCAGGAAGUGCGCGAAGCCGAGGCAGUGGUGCAAGAGCAGAGUAGUUCGCUGCAAAAUGCACAACAAAAUGUCAACGCCGCCAUGCAAGCGGCACAAAAUGCCGCACAGCAGCUGAAGACGCUCACGAAAGCGGUGAGUAUGGCACAAGUGAAUGUCGGUAAUGCAGAGCAAGCAGCACAGGGCGCACAACAGGACUUGGCGGAGAAAACGCAACUAAUGGAAGCCGCAAAGAGUCGUGUGGAACAAUUGUUGCGUCAAUUGAGUUCGGCACGCAACGACUAUGGCAAGACUAAAGAGGCCGCUAUGAAGGCGGCUGCCGCUGCACACGAAGCUAAACAGAAUGCGAAUCCCGGAAAUCGUUGUGGACGUUCGUCGCCCGGCAGUCGAAUGAUGGCAAAACGACACUUGCGACUAGCACAGCGACAACGUCAUUAGAGUUCAUAACAACAAUUGACAACUGAAACAUAUAUUUCAAUUUUGUGAAAUCGUCUUUUUCUGUUCAAUGGUUUUAUAUUUUUUCUGUAUUUUACAAUUAUAUAA